UUCAGGCAGUUAAUCCGAAGACUCGUUCGUUGUUUCACUGAGCUGUCAAUAUUGAAUUGUGAGGCGACUACAUUCGAUAUAAAAUAUAGAUAGCCAGCCAGCUAGCUAUACUACUCUGCAACAACGUUUUUCUUUUUGAAAACAGCUGCUCUCGUCUUACUAUGACUCUCAGGUGAUCGUCAAAGAGUCCAGGUGGUUCUGGGGUCCAGGUUGCUGUCGUGAGAGAGCGAGCUACAUAGGGGAGGAGGUCCGCCUGGGGGGCGUCACUGCCAGGGCUCUCAAGCGGUGCUCUGUGGGCUUGGUGACUCCUCUGCAGAAUGGAGAAAGAAGAACUGAAGAUCGUGAAUAAGGAUGAGGAGGAUGAGAUGGAGCUCCAGGGGUACAGUGUGUGUCGGUGGCGCGUGGCAGUGGUGGGUCUGGGGGUGCUGUGUACGGGGGGCUUCCUCCUGCUGCUGCUCUACUGGAUGCCAGAGUGGUGUGUGAAGUCCACCUGCACCCGGACCACCAUCAGAGAGGCCGAAGUGGUGCUGCUCCAAUCCACCGAUGAGUUUAAGCGCUGGUUCCUGGCCAAGGUGCGUGUGAUGCAGGCCCCCGGAAGGAACCCCUUUGACAGCCUGGAGACCCAGACCACUCCCCCCAUGGCCAAUGGACACUCCCCCCACCACUCGGACGGCUACACCCAUGAUUUAAUCAGGAAGUACGCAGAGUACCAACCCACUCAGAUUCGCUAUUUUACACUCCAUAGCACAAAGUACUACUGGAACGAUGAGGUCCAGAAUUUUGAAGUAUUAACGGGCCUGGAGGACCUGGAGGUGACCUGUUCCACCAUCCACUCAGAGCACAGCACGGGGCUCACCAGCAACCAGCAGGCGUACAGGAGACUGUUUUUCGGAGUGAAUGAAAUUGCAGUGAAAGUGCCUUCAGUUUUCAAGCUGCUAAUCAAAGAGGUCCUCAACCCUUUCUACAUCUUCCAGCUCUUCAGUGUGAUCCUGUGGAGCGCUGACGAGUACUACUACUAUGCCGCAGCCAUCGUCUUUAUGUCGGUCAUUUCCAUAGCUACCUCGCUGUACACCAUCAAAAAGCAAUACGUCAUGCUUCAUGACAUGGUGUCAGCACACAGUAUUGUCCGAGUUUCAGUCUGCAGAGCCAGCAACGACAUCGAGGAGGCCCUGUCCACUGACCUGGUGCCCGGCGACGUCAUGGUCAUCCCUAGCAACGGGACCAUCAUGCCGUGCGACGCGGUGCUGGUCAGCGGCACCUGCAUCGUCAACGAGAGCAUGCUGACGGGCGAGAGUGUGCCAGUCACCAAGACCAACCUCCCCAACCCGGGCGAAGGGGACAAGGAGGGCGACGGGGCCUACAGCAUGGAGGAGCACAAGAGACACACCCUCUUCUGUGGCACGCACGUCAUCCAGACCCGCUUCUACUCAGGGGAGCUGGUCAAGGCAGUGGUGGUCCGCACAGGUUUCAGCACGGCUAAGGGCCAGCUGGUGCACUCCAUCCUGUACCCCAAGCCCACCGACUUCAAGCUGUACCGCGACGCCUACCUCUUUCUGUUGUGCCUGGUGGCUAUAGCUGGCAUCGGCUUUGUCUACUCCAUCGUCCUCAGCAUCAUGAACAAUGUGCCAGCCAAGACCAUCAUCAUCGAGUCCCUGGACAUCAUCACCAUCACCGUGCCCCCUGCGUUGCCCGCUGCCAUGACUGCGGGCAUCGUGUACGCCCAGCGCCGCCUCAAACGCAUCGGCAUCUUCUGCAUCAGCCCCCAGAGGAUCAACAUCUGUGGCCAGCUCAACCUGGUCUGCUUCGACAAGACGGGUACACUCACAGAGGAUGGAUUAGACCUGUGGGGAGUCCAGAGAGUGGAGAAGGGGUCUUUCCACCUGUCAGAGGAGAAUGCCUACAAGGACACUCUGGUCAAGUCCCAGUUUGUAGCCUGCAUGGCCACCUGCCACUCUCUUACCAAUAUCGAUGGCAAGCUGUCCGGAGACCCUCUGGAUCUGAAGAUGUUCGAGGCCACAGGCUGGAUCCUGGAGGAGGCCACUGAGGAGGAAACCUCACUCCACAACCGUAUCAUGCCCACCGUGGUCCGGCCCCCCAAGCAGCUGAUGCCCCCCGAGCCCGUCAUGUCACCCGAACAGGACAUGGAGCUGUAUGAGUUGUCGUCGGCCUAUGAGAUUGGGAUUGUGCGUCAGUUCCCCUUCUCCUCGGCGCUGCAGAGGAUGUGUGUGGUGGCCCGUCUGCUGGGGGAGAAGCGCAUGGACGCCUACCUCAAGGGGGCGCCAGAGGUGGUGGCCAGCCUCUGCAAGAAAGACACUGUUCCAGAAGACUUUGCAGAGGUUCUGGAGGACUACACCAAGCAGGGCUUCCGGGUUAUCGCCUUGGCCCACCGCCGCCUCGAGUCCAAACUCACUUGGCACAAAGUCCAGAAUGUCAACAGGGAUCACAUCGAGGCCAACAUGGAGUUCCUGGGGCUGAUCAUCAUGCAGAACAAGCUGAAGGCUGAGACCUCCGGGGUACUGGAGGACCUCCGCAGGGCACACAUCCGCACCGUCAUGGUCACUGGUGACAACAUGUUGACGGCCAUCUCGGUGGCCAGGGACUGUGGCAUGAUUCCCCCUCAGGACCAGGUCAUCAUCGCCGACGCGCUGCCCCCCAAACAUGGCCAGGCGGCCAAGAUCACUUGGCGCUACGCAGACAACACUAGCAAACACGCAGGCAUAGCCCCACGCCUGGAGGAAGUAGAGAUCAGUCUAGAGGAUAUGCGUCACACUCACAAGCCUCAGGACCAGUACCAUUUUGCUAUGAGCGGCAAGUCAUUCGCUGUCAUCACCGAGCAUUUUCAGGACCUGCUGCAGAAGUUGGUGCUGCAUGGCACAGUGUUUGCCAGAAUGGCCCCCGACCAGAAGACUGAGCUCAUAGAGGCACUGCAGAGUGUGGAUUAUUUUGUAGGCAUGUGUGGAGACGGCGCAAACGAUUGUGGUGCUUUGAAGAGGGCUCACGGUGGGAUCUCUCUCUCUGAGCUGGAGGCCUCCGUAGCCUCUCCCUUCACUUCCAGGACCCCCAACAUCUCCUGUGUGCCUAGCCUCAUCAGAGAGGGGCGAGCGGCUCUCAUCACCUCCUUCUGUGUGUUCAAGUUCAUGGCCCUCUACAGCAUCAUCCAGUACAUCAGUGUCACCCUUCUCUACUCUAUCCUCAGUAACCUGGGAGACUUCCAGUUCCUCUUCAUCGACAUCGCAAUCAUCCUCCUCGUAGUCUUCACCAUGUCUCUGAACCCAGCGUGGAAGGAGCUGGUGUCGAGGCGUCCCCCCUCAGGUCUGAUCUCAGGCCCUCUGCUGUUCUCUGUGCUGACUCAGAUCCUCAUCUGUCUGGGCUUCCAGACCAUUGCCUUCCUCUGGGUCCGACACCAGGACUGGUACCACAUCUGGACACCACAGUCCGAUGCCUGCAACUCGUCCCUCCAUGCCAACUUCUGGCCAGAACACAACUCCUCAGAGGAGAGGGACGACCACAACAUCAAGAACUACGAGAACACCUCCCUGUUUUACGUCUCCUCCUUCCAGUACCUCAUCGUGGCCAUCGUCUUCUCCAAGGGAAAGCCCUUCAGACAGCCCAGCUACAAAAACUGGCCUUUUGUGGUGUCAUGUAUUGGCCUGUACAUAUUUCUGUUCUUCAUCAUGUUUUACCCUGUGUCUGCUAUCGAUGAAUUCCUAGAGAUUGUGUGUGUUCCGUUUCAAUGGAGAAUCACUCUGUUCUUCAUCAUCAUAGCCAAUGCAGCCUUGUCUGUCUUAGUGGAGACCCUCGUCCUUGACGUCGUCUUAUGGAAGCUUGUCUUCAGCCGAGACAAGCAGGGCAGCUAUGGCACCACACACGGCGCUCCAACAAAACAGGGGGGCAUUGACCUCUGGGGACCCAAGUGUCUGUCGUGGCUGUGCUGCCGGCAGAGGAAGGUACCCAAGGCGCGCUACAUGCACCUGGCCCAGGAGCUGAGCGUGGACCCCGACUGGCCCCCCAAACCCACCACCACCACCGAGGCCAAGCCCCUGCUGCCCGGUAACCCCCCUGAAAACGGCUCCUCCUACCAGAUCAUGGCCGACUCCUAGCACCCCCCCGCCCCCCACUUUGCUAAAGCAGACACUCACACAUACACACACACGACCAAAAGGACAAAAAGAAACGGUGGUCUAUGGAAAGAAGGAGGAGAAAGCUAGGGUGAUGGUAGAAAAAUGUUUUGGGGUGAAGAAGUGGUAGUGUGGAGCUCUCUAUGCUCUUUGUUGCUCAGAUCCAGCACACUGUUCAGACCCUGGCUGAUCUACGUAACCCUCACCAACCAACACCCCCUGGUAUACAAUUGUUGGUCUACUACACAAAUACACCCCCAGGAUGGUCUACUCUAUAUCCACCCCGCCUUCUCCUCCACAACCUCAGCUGGUCUACCUGCAGUCCAAGAGUCCAUGUUUUCCACAGGCUGGGUCCUGUGGCAGUCAGACCCCUUUGUCAUUAUGAGUUUAAUCAUUGCCUCACUGUUUUUUAACCCUUGCAGAAAUAUGCAGCGAACUGACAAACUCCAAUCUUAGUUUUAAAACGAUAAUGAUUUCUACAAUUGUUAUUGCUGUCGCCGUGAUUCCUCCAGGAGCUCCAGAUCUUCUCCCAUUUGCGUUUGUUUGUAAGCAGCCACCAGACAUCUCCACUAACAUGGUCAUCAUACAGGGGACUUGAAGCAUGGAUGUGCAUGAACCUAGCUCCGUAUAGCCAUUGUUAUAUGGUGGUUGGAAUACUACUGCUUACCCAAAAGUACUGUAGUAUUAAUAUUGCUGAACAGUGACCAGAACCUUUUUGCAUUAUGAAACGAGUCACAAGGCAUAACAAGGGGCAGAAUGCAAACAGAUUGGAAUCAUGGGUAGCAACAACCCCCAUGCAUUGUAUUACCAUUUGCAAACUGCACAGUCAAAAGAAAAAUCAAAGGGCUAAAACUCAUUGUCCAUCAGAGGAGGCUGCUGGGUAGAGAUAUGACGACGUGCUCAUUGUAAUGGCUGGAAUGGAUGAAUUAAUUUCAUUCCAACCGUUACAACGAGCCUGUCCUAUAUCUCCGCCCACCAGCCACCAUUGUUAUCCUUAUAUUUUCAAUACAGAAAAUGUACAGUGUGCAUUGCUGUCCACCCUCAUGUGUUGUACAUGUCAUAUUUUCUGCCAGUCAGUUGUGUACUUCAUAAGCCUGUCUUUCUCCUCAUAGUAGCAGGUCAUCACAUAAUGGUCAGAUCCUAGUUUGUGUUAAUCUGAUAUUUUAUUUGAUGACAUCCAAAAUGUGUUUGUGUCAGAAUUGCCAAAAACACAGUACUGAGGGGUAUCGCUCGAAUGCUAGUUCAAAUCUUUAAAAAUAAUGUAUUUACAUGGUGUUAAAGGUCCAAUGCAGCCGUUUUUAUCUCAUUAUCAAAUAAUUUCUGGGUAACAGUUAAGUACCUUACUAACCAGGUUUACAUCCAACCUUUUUAUGCGAGUAAAGUACAUGUUGGAUAAAAAAUGUCUUGACAGGCCUGAUGGAAACCGAUAGACAACGUGGGAUCUUUUUGUGUCUAAAAUGAAUUAUGUGGAAAAAAAGGUAAUGCUUUUUUUGCGCAA